AUGCCUUCGUCUCCCAAGCUGUUCCACGCGCGCCCAUAUUACUGGAACAGCCGUCGAUCGACGGUUUUGGUACUCUUUUCGCUCGCCGGGUUUGCGUGCCUCGUGUUCGGGCUCGUCGCGAUCUUUCGGGCCGGGCUGGGUAGCAGGUGCAGAUACGAUAAGCCUUUAUCGGAGUACGUGGUUUGGGAUAAAUCCUCGGGCGUUGGUACAAGUAAGAGUGGCGGCGUUUUCGGUGAGGCGCAAAUGCGUCACAAGGCGAUGGGCUUCGUGGGUAUUCAAACGGGGUUUGGGUCCGCGGGCCGUCGCCGGGCUUUUCGACAGACUUGGUUCCCCUCCGAUCAUGAGGGGUUUCAACGGUUAGAAGAAAGCACGGGUUUAGUCUUUAGGUUUGUAAUCGGUAGAACCGGUGAUGGAUCGAAGAUGGCGGCACUUAAGAAGGAGAUUACCACAUAUGAUGAUUUCCUGCUAUUGGAUAUUGAAGAGGAGUACACGAAUCUGCCAUACAAAACCUUAGCAUUCUUCAAAGCUGCUUAUGCUCUAUAUGAGUCUGAUUUCUAUGUCAAAGCUGAUGACGACAUAUAUUUACGACCAGAUCGUCUUUCCCUGCUCCUGGCCAAGGACCGUUCUCAUUCACAAACAUACAUAGGAUGCAUGAAAAGAGGUUCUGUGGUAACUGAUCCAAAGUUAAAAUGGCAUGAACCUUUAUCAUAUUUGCUCGGCAAAGAGUAUUUUUAUCAUGCAUACGGGCCAAUUUAUGCUCUUUCAGCAGAUGUUGUGGCGAGCCUGGUUGCUUUAAGAAAUGACAGUUUCCGAAUGUUUAGCAACGAGGAUGUUACCAUCGGUUCGUGGAUGCUCGCCAUGAAUGUGGAUCAUGAGCAUAGUGAGGACUUAUGUAGUACAGAGUGUACAUCUACUUCUAUUGCUGUCUGGGAUAAUCCCACGUGUUCGGGACUCUGCAAUCCGGAGAAGAAGAUGCUUGAACUUCAUAAGUUAGACAUAUGUUCCAACAGCUCAACUCUACCACCAGAUGAAGAUUAUGAUGAUAAUAAUGAGACUGAAGAUGAUUGA